AUGUCGUAUAAUAAAAAAAGUAUUUUUGCUUGUACUCCAGCUACUUCUCGUGGUCAAGCUGUUCAACUUGGCGUUGACCCAAAAGGAGAAAAUUUUCUUUACACGAAUGGUAAAACUGUUUUCAUUAGAAAUUUAACUAAUCCAGCAAUUGCAAAAGAGUAUACUGGACAUUCAACAAAUACCACUGUUGCACGAUACUCUCCCAGUGGUUAUUACGUUGCAUCUGGAGAUAACUAUGGAAAUGUUCGAAUUUGGGAUGCAAUUCAAGACGAAAAUAUAUUGAAAAAUGAAGUUAAAGUCAUUAAUGGUAGGAUUAAUGACCUUAGUUGGGAUUUCGAGAGUAAAAGAAUAAUUGCUGUCGGUAAUGGUAAAGAAAGAUAUGGGCAUGCAUUUUUGUUUGAUACUGGAUCAUCUUCUGGAGAGAUCAUCGGACAUUCUAAAGUGAUUAAUAGUGUUAGUAUUCGACAGAAACGACCAAUGCGAGCUGCCACAGCUUCUGAUGAUUUUACUGUUGUAUUCUUUCAUGGACCACCUUUUAAACAAAAAUUGACAAUAAAAGAUCAUACAGCAUUUGUCCAAGGAGUAGAGUUUUCACCUGAUGGUAGCAACCUCGUAACCGUUGGUUCAGACAAAAAAGUAUUUUUAUAUGAUGGAGAUACAGGUGAAAAACGUAUUGAUCUUUCUGAAGUUGUUGGAGAAGAGUCUCAUAAAGGUGGUAUUUUUGCUGUAUCAUGGUCUCCUGAUAGCAAACAAUUGCUCACAUCAUCAGGAGAUAAAACAGUGAAAAUUUGGGAUGUUGAAGCUCAGAAAGUAGUUCGGACAUACGAGUUUCCGGAUGUUGUUGAUAAUCAACAAAUUGGAAAUUUAUGGGCCGGAAAAUUUCUUGUCAGUCUUUCAUUAUCCGGCGACAUUAAUUACUUGGAUCCGAAUUCUAAUUCUACUUCAAGAGUAGUCAAAAGAUUUGUUAGAAUUGUUAUCAAAACGUUACUUAACUCUUUCAAACAUGCUUGGAGUGGAGAAGAGGGUAGUGCUAUUUCAAUUAGCGGAGAAGGUCAUACAAAUCAAAUUAAUCAAAUUGCUCCUCUGGAUGGUAAAUUAUUUUCGAUUGGUAUGGAUGAUACUCUCCGGACUAUUAAUGUUGAAGCCAGGACAUUCAGUGAACCGGUAGUUAAAACCAAUGCGAUGCCAAAGGGAAUUGCCAUUAAAGAUAACAAAAUUAUCGUAUCCACUACAAAAUCCAUUGACAUUAUAAAGAAUAAUGAUACCAUAUUUUCACUGGAUAUUUCAUAUAUUCCUACAGUUAUGGGAAUUACUACAGAUGGUUCUUUAGUCGCCGUUGGCAGUGAAGAAUCAAAAGUGACAAUUUAUAAAUCGAAUGGUGAGAAGCUUGAGGAGGAGAAAGUGAUUGUGAAUAGAAACGCCAUAUCGACACUGGCAUUUUCUCCAGACGGAACUUUGUUGGCUGUCGGUGAUGCGCAAGGAAAGAUUAUGGUAUAUGAUACGAAUAGUUACGAGGCCAAGAUUAAACAAUGGGUGUUCCAUUCGGCAAAGGUUAAUUGUAUUGCGUGGUCACCAGAUGGUCUUCAUGCGGCCAGUGGGUCAUUAGACACUUAUAUUUAUAUAUGGAGUGUAGAAAAACCAAUGAAGAAUAUUGCUAUUAAAGGUGCGCAUCAGGUGGCUGUGACCGGUGUAACAUUUUUGGAUAAUGAAACUAUAUCUUCGGAUUCGGUCACCAAUAAGUCUGGUUUCGCAACUUAUAAAAUUGGCGAAAACAUUUACAACAUCGUUGACACCCCAGGGUUUUUUGAUACCAGCAGACCCAAUGAAGAAAUUAUAGAAGAAAUCGUGCGAACCGUAAAGAAAUGUAUUUACGGGAUUAAGGCCAUAUUAUUCUUAUUUGGUAAUGCCAUAAGGGUAACGGAUGUGGAAAGGAACUUGAUGAACGGAACAUUGACGCUUUUCGGGGAGGAGUCUCUCCUACACAUGAUCACUGUCUUUUCGCGUCGUGAUAAGGACCAGACAGAAAAUCCUGAAAAUUUUGAAAAGUCUUGGAAUGAUGAUGUUCGUCGUUUCGUCAAUUCCAUGGGCUAUCGGUGGGCCAUUUCUCCUAGUCCCGACAUAUUUGGACCCCGUACUCAGAUGCAUAAACAACAUCUAGAGAAAUUAGAAAAACUUAUUGUUUCCCUUAAUGGAGAAUAUACAAAUGAAAUGCUCGAAGAAUUACGGAAAAAGCAGGAAGACUCUGAGCGAACUGCAAGGGAAACUGAAGAGCGAAUUGCAAGGGAAGCUAAAGAGCGAAUUGCGAGGGAAGUAGAAGAGCGAAUUGCAAGGGAAGUUAAAUUUGCAAGGGAAGUUGAAAAGCAAAUUGCAAGGGAAACGGAAGAACGAAUUGCAAGGGAAAAUAAAGAGCGAAUUGCAAGGGAAAAUAAAGAGCGAAUUGCAAGGGAAAAUAAAGAGCGAAUUGCAAAGGAAGCCAAAGAAAAAGCAAGUAAAGAAAUGGAUGAACUAAAAAAAUUAGUUGAAACCCUUACAAAUAAACUUGCCUCAGGAGGGUCCUCAGGAGGGUCCUCAAGUGAGUCCUCAGGAGGGUGUUUCUCUCUUGAAACGCGAGUAAAACUCGAAUCAGGAAAGGUCAUUUAUAUGUCAGAACUUCAAGUGGGAGAUCGAGUAUUGUCAAACAUUAGAAAUAACGUUGAAGAGUUUUCAGAUGUUUACCUUAUUGCCCACCUUGGUAAACUCGAUCAUGUAGAGAAAUUUACCAAAGUCAGCUUCACCAAACCAGACGGGUCUAAAGGUCAAUUACGACUGACAACCACUCAUUAUGUUUUCAAGGAAGAUUUGUCGAUCGUUUUUGCCAAAAACUUACGUCCAGGAGAAUCCAAAAUUUUAGUAUCGGAUGAAAAUAAUAAGCUAGUUCCAGUCUUUGUAGAUAAUAUAACAAACGAAUGGCAUGAUGAAUACGUAAGCUUUUACACGCGGGCCGGCUCGGUUGUUGCUGACGGUGUAUUAAGUUCCUGCUAUGACGAUUGCCCGCCAUAUCAAAUGCUUAUGGAUCUUGUUUUUUUGCCAAUUCGUUGGUGGACUCACAUAAUACCAAGCACGCAUCGUGAAGGAAGGCUUCAUCCGUAUGUGCAAUUCUUGGAAACGACAUAUUUUUCUCUUAUCAAUGUUAUGCCCAAAGGGUUAAUUACUAUGCAUUUGUAA